UUUUCCCUUCGAAAAUUUGUUUGAACUGAAGUUCGUCCUUAGGCUCUCCAAUGAUACGAUAAUCUGUCAAUUCAAAACCCCUGAUAUCUGAUAAUCAACAUAGUCUCCUCUAAAGUGAAUAAAACCCCGAUUAAUCGGCGAUAAUAUGUCGUUCUGUGUCCUAGGUUAGGGACAAUUUUUUUCGGGAGUUUUCCCUCAGAGUGUUGAAUUGUUUUUAAAAAAUAAAUGAAGUGCUGAAUUUUGUUUUAAUUUUGAAACAAAAUAAUCACGAAUUAUGGGAUCGUCACUUCUAGUCUGUCCCAUGUGCUGUGGAGAGACAUUCAACAGUUCCCAGUCACUUAAAUAUCAUUUAUUAAGUAUGACUGAUAAUUUGUACUGUCCGGGAUGCUCGCAAAGAUCCGAGUCUGUUGCUGCACUGAUUCAGCAUCUUGAUGCUUGUGGCACCGGGGAUAAUGUGACUUUCGAAGAGACUGUCAAUGAUGAUAAAAUUGGAGAGGACGAGGUGCUAAUGGAUACCAAUGUCGAACAAAUUCACGAAAGUUUUCUGGCAUCUGUCAACAACGAGGGCAUUAUGAUCGUAGGUGGACCUAGAUCCCUAGAAGUGGACGACGAUGGAGAAAUCAAGGUGGUGCAAAAAAUGGGCAGUGACACCGAAAUGGAGGAGUCUAUUCUCCCUGAUAAUGAGUACGAGGAUCUCGAGAAUAUCGAUGGAAAUGAAAAAAACUCGGAGAAGUCAACGAUCAGCAGGAAAGACACCAGCGAUAACGCCCCUGUCAUCAGUAUUCCAGAGAAGGCAGAUGACACGAGUAACGAUAACGUUAUCGGAAUCUAUACUGAUGAAUCAACUGAAUACUUUAAGGAUCAGGAGAACUUGAUCGAAAUCACUCAGGAUGAGGAUACCAGAGAUAUCGGUGAAGAUGAAUUCAUGAAGAUCGAUGCAACAGCGCUCUACAGUUGUAGCAGUUGUGGUAUGGGUUUCAAUUCGGUGUUAGAUCACAUAAAACAGUACCACGACGGUCAGGAAGUUGUCCUAGAGAUGGCUGACGAGUCACCAACCCUUCCGGAGGAGCCUGCGGUACCCGAAGAGCCAGUGGCAAAGGCCAAGCAGAGGCAGAAGAUGAAUACAAUCAAAACUGAAGAGUGCAUAGACUCGGAGGGAAGACUCUACACAAGAAAAGUGGUGCAGAUCGAGCCUUUUUGGGAUAAAUCCAACCGCCAGGGCGACAAUUCCAAGACAGCUUCGAUGAUAGAAAAGUUCUUUUUUAACACUGAAGGUGUCAAGACCUGUCAAAAACCAGAGCCCCCCGUUCCACCCAAGUUCCACCGUUGCAGCCAGUGUCUGGAGCAGUUCUCCAAACUGACAGAUUUUCGUACGCACGUCUGCCUGAACGGCUCAAACCACUGUGAUCACUGCGACCAAUCAUUUGCAACAGCAAAGGCCCUUCAAAUCCACUCGAAAAUGCACGAAGUGGAUUCCAACGAGCCUGACCGCCAGUUCAUCUGCACCACCUGUGGUACCAAGUUCUCCUCCCAUAAGAGUUUGCGCCUGCACUCUCGUAUGCACGCUCCGGUGCGCGAGAGGCACGUGGAGGCGCCCGAAGGCGACCCAGACGCUACCUUCACGUGCUUCGAAUGUGGAAAAUCCUUCUCCGAGUCCUACAGGAGCGCUCACAUGGCUCUGCAUACAGAAGACUCUGUCACCUGCACGAUAUGCAAUAGAAAAUUUGAUUCUGCUGAUUCUUUAGCAAUGCAUGCAGCUGUACAUCCGGAGCUGGGGAUCUCCGAGCCCCGCAGGAAUCAAGGGAGGAAACCCUGGAAGAAGGCGAAAGCGCCCAGCCACAGUGAGAAUCCUUCGGAGGGGGCCGAGGAGGAAACUGAGGAUGACAAGAGCAAGGACAAGGACAAUGGGGACCUCUCGAAACCUUAUCAGUGCCAGCACUGCGGGAGGAGGUUCACCAGACCUCAUGAGAAGGUGAAACACGAGAGGAUUCACACUGGAGAGAAGCCACAUGCCUGUGAGGUCUGUGGAAAAACUUUCCGUGUCUCUUACUGCCUGACCCUUCACAUGAGGACGCACACAGGGGUCCGGCCCUACGAGUGUAAACAUUGUGGCAAACGCUUCAAAGCCUCAUCAGUUUACAAUCAUCACUUGCUUACCCACGGCGAGGAGAGGGCGUAUAAAUGUCCGUUCUGUGUGAAGACAUUUAAAACCCGUGUGCAAUUAGCUGGUCACAAAAAUAGUCACACUAAACCAUUCAGGUGUACCGAGUGCUCGAGGCCAUUUGCCUCGUUAUACGCCGCCAGGGCCCACAUCGCCACCCACAAGAAAGACAACAAUUUGAAAUUCAGUUGCUAUAUCUGCGGUGCCUCCUACGGGCGUGCAUUCGCUCUCAAUGAUCACAUGAAGGUCCAUGGCAGUGAGGCGGUUGCAACCCCGGAGCCUGCACGCGAGGAAGUUAUCCAUGAGGACUUUCUCCUCGAGGAGGACAUAACUGAGCAGGAGCUCAGUCAGGAAAUCAAUCCCGAUUUGCAAUUGAAUGAAAAUGGUUUGAUCAAGAAAUUCGUGGACUGUGAUUGAGAUAAUUAUUGUUUGUGCGGGGAGAAAGGAAUUUUUUCAAAAGUCUCCUAAAUAAUUUUGGGAACAAUGGAUUCCGCCGAGGAGUCGAAAGAGCUGGGGACCUUCGAUAAUAUAGUUUGCGAAAACGGGACUGAUCGCUUAUUGUAGAACUUUUCACGAGAAUUUUUAUCCUAUUUUGAGAAAUAUUUCUAGCACAUUUAGCUUGCAAACAAAAAUAUUUUCCAAUUGUGUCAAAAAACAUCUAAAUAAAGUGGGCCCAAUCUCGUUUUCGAGGUCAAUGACGGCCGAAUUCUGUCGAAGGUUCAAUCACUGCUUGUUUAGACGAAUUAUUGUAUUUUUAGUUGUGUACUCAAUUACCUUGGACUGGAAUUUUAACGAUUCUUUUCAUCCAAGUGCCCUUAAUAAAUUUAUAAUGCGAUCAAA